CUGCUAAUCGUUUUAUUGUUUUCGUGGUUUUCAAUAUUUGGUAAAGAAACAGAUUUUUGGUAAAUAAAUCGUGCCGAUGGGUUCCUAACUGUUCUAAUGUUGUGAUCAUUUUGCGUGUAGCUCGAGGUUAUCCCAAAAAUGUGACCCAUUUCAUCUUUGCAUAUCUCCAAAACUAAUGCAACCAUUUCAAAGUCCCAAGAUGACCGAAUUUCAAUUUGUAAACACCGACCACUUCGACCAGAAAACAUUGACCGAUAAUCGGUAUUUCUGUGAGAUUUGCGAUCGGAAACUAAAUGACAUCCGGCUGACCGAUGACGAUUUUGAUCGAUUCAAGACCAAGCACGGAUACAAUUGCAAUAUCUGCUAUAAAGUCUACCGCAACCUAAACGCGUUAAAGGAACACCAAAGCCAACAUUUCAACGGGAACGACUUAAAAGUUGCAUGCAUCGAGUGCACGAGCUUAUCGAAAACACUCGACACAGGCUGUGAUAUACUGGAAAUCGGGGAAAUUUACACGAAAAACGAUGUCCGAUCAGAAUUUCAUUGCGAGAAGUGUGAUCGCUUUUUCGAUGUUCGGAGCAAGUAUGUCCAACAUUUACGCAAUCAUUAUGACCGUACGGUAUACACCUGUGAUUAUUGCAAUGGCAUCAAAAUUAUUGGAUGGGAGAGGUGGAACAUCCACAAAACUACCGCUCACGAAGAAAUGGAACCAUUGGCCGUGGACCUUUCAUAUAAGUGUAGCGUCUGCUCCACAGUCAUUUUGAACAUAUCCGAGUUUCAAAAACAUCUAUCCCAUUGCCAGUCAUCGACCAUCGUAAGACCGAUUAACCUGCACGAUGGUGAUUCCACGUACUGUGGCGUCUGCUGUGUGGAAAUGCCAGAAAUACGUUCCAUUCAACAGCAACUGCAGAGUGAAAAUCAUGACAGUGACUACUACCGGACGAGUUUCGAGACGAUGAAUUGCCUAAUGUGCCACCGGGUGUUUAUGUCUAUGGGGGAUCUGUACGAUCAUCAACGCAAAGACCAUUUUGCCAGUAAAUAUGAAAAUCGGUUCGCGUGCAGUCGAUGCCUGAGUAAAUCGAAUAAAUUCGCACACAUUUCCAAUGAAAGAACUUCAACCGGUUCGACGACAAAGGGAAAAACCUUCUGUUCCAUUUGCGAUAAGUCAAUUAAGGUGACAUGUUGGUCGCGACACGUACGCAAUCAUCGCGAUCGUGUUGUCUAUCAGUGUGAAAGUUGCCGAAAGAUUCGAAUCGGUUUCUUUCGCUUUCAAAAUCACUUUCGUCAGAGUUCGAAGUGCAGCAAUUCGAUGGAAUUGAACAGUGAAAAGGCGGAGAAAGAGACGAAAAACUACAUUUUCCAAUGUGGCCGAUGCAAGGGAACGUUUUCGCGGCGAUCGUUUAAAACGCACAUCAACGAAAGUGAUUGUUACGUGGAAAAUCGGUGCCAGAAUUGCCCGAAGCGAUUCAUCACAAAGGCCGCACUAAACAAACACCGACUGGUCGACUGUGGGAAAAUUAAGAAGGAAUUGAAAUUGGAUUGUGCGACAUGUGAAAAAUCCUUUCACACGCGACGGAUAUUUGCCUUACAUUCGACUGUGUGCCAGGGGAAACAAAGGACCAUCCGUUGCACCAUUUGCAGAAUUGUUGUAGAAUCCAAUUCGAAUCAUUGGAAUGACAUUCAUCGUCGAAGGUGUGUGGUCAAACUCAAUCGUACAGCAGACCCGGUAUUAGAAACUAAAAGUUUAGCUAUCCGUCCGGCACCGACAACAGUUCAAUUUGGUUGCUUGUUGUGUGAUGAUACAUUUGGCGAUCGUCAGCAGCUGAGAUUACACAUGAACAGUCAUUAUUGCGAUAAAUCGAGUCAAUGUGACACGGCUUUAGAUUCAUUGGAUGCAGAGGCUAAGUAUGUGGACACUCUAAAGGAUGAAAAAUUGAUGUCGUCACCGACAACCACCGGCGAAAAUGAUGACAAAUUAAAAAUUUUGACUUCAACCGACCUUGUAAAGACAGAGACAACAGUUAACAUUGAUGACAUGUGGACGUCCAAUUCCGAUGAUUUUAACGAUUUCGCGAACGACGAUUGCGAAGAAAUCAAUGACGUAGCCAACAGUAACGAUGUGAUACAAUACUAUGUGACGACGGGAAUGACACAGUGUUGUCUGUGUAAGAACGUGAUUCCUGACCUAGUCAACACGGAUGAAGCGGUGCAUGAACAGAUCUCCAGAUUCGGCGAAACAAUUUGUCUAAUUUGCUUCCAGUUGUUUAGUCUGCCGGAAAAAUUGCGUGAACACGAAUCGACUCACUUUCAAGAAAAUCUUGAUGGACAUUUAAUCGCUUGCCGAUCAUGCGCCUGGUCGUCCAACGUUUACUACACGGACACGGACUUUUUCCGCUUGGAACAGGACCUUCAGUGCUACAUGUGCUCGGCGAAAAUGGCUGACCUGCGAACUCUACGACGGCACAAGCGAUCACAUCUCAGUCUGUGCGUGUUCACCUGUAAAGUUUGCAACAAGAAAAGCAUUUCCGACGAACGGCAUAAAAAUCAUUUGCGAAAACAUCAAAAACCCGAACUGGCUGUUGUGACGAAUCAAAUUGUCCGGAAGUGUACUCUUUGCGGCGAAGAGGCGACAAAUUUGUACCGUGAUGAGAAGGAUAUCGAUCGAAUGUUCGAAAAGUUUAAGGGCGGACCGUGUUUGAUAUGCUUUACCUACAUCAACGACAAGAAGCGCUACGUAUCACACGAACGAAGCCACAUGGAAGACCAGCAAUUAGUUUCCUGUUUCAAGUGUUGCAACACUAAAUCCUACACUGAUGACGAAUACCAUCGACUGGAAGACGAGAACACCUGUUUCCUGUGCAAGGCAAAACUUUCGUCCAAGUACAAUCUUCAUCUACACAAGCGGAAACAUUUGGAUCGCGUAGUCUAUUCGUGUACGAUAUGCUUGACGCUAGUCGUCGGUACACGGAACCACAGCCAUCAUAUGUAUAAACAUGGUCUGCGUAAGAAGAUUCGCGAAGAAGUGGCCGGUCGAUACGAAUGUGACUAUUGCCAGAAAAUAUUCCCUCACAAAAGUUCACUGCCCGCUCAUUUCAAGCAACACUUGAAUAAGGAACGUGUACCGUGUCCGCAGUGCUCGUUAACAUUCGCUAGCAAGGGAAAUUUGACGCAGCACAUCAAACAAAUUCACCUCAACAUUCGGAAGCAUAUAUGCGAACUGUGUGGUAAGGCGUUCGGUCAUCCGCAUAAUUUGAAGAGUCACAUGGUCAAACAUUCAGGCGAAAAGCCGUACCAAUGCCCGAUUUGUCUGAAACGGUUUGGAUACUACAGUCGCAUGAAAACACACGCUUGGAUCCAUAGCGGACUCAAGCCGUACAAAUGCGACCAGUGUGACAAGUGCUACAACGACUCGACGGAUCUGCGUCGACACAAGCGAAUCCACGGCGGUGUGGAAAAGAAAUUCGAGUGCGAACUGUGCAAGAUUAAAUUUUAUGAGCAUAAGUACUUGCGGGCUCACAGAGCAUCGGCUCAUAAGUUUUUAGUGCAGUAAGAUUCGGCUCGAUCUUCUUAUCGCAACGCUAACAAUUUGUGUUGGAGCGUUGGUACAUUGAAAUAAAACAAAUUGAACGAAAGUA